AGCAAAUUUUACUUAGUUAUUGUUAUCCCCCUAUUCUGUAUCAAAAAAGGGAACUCGGGAUAUUGUUGUGACUUGUAUGUCACUGGUUAAGGGUCAUGACCGAACACAGGGACUGUCUGUGUGCACACGUGUGUGUGAGAGAGAGUGGGAACUUCCAAUAUCAAAGACUCUGCUAUUCUCAUAUUGUAUCAGAAAACCGAGCGAUAAGGGGAAUAUAAUUUCACUCGCUUAAAAGUGAGUAUACUGUCAAUUUGCUCCUGACAUUACAUAGACAAGCACGCGUAAACUUGUGAAGGACCAGAAUUGAUGACCGGUAUAGCUUAUAGAUUUUACGACAAAAAUUGUACUAUUCCAUUGUUGUUUGCAUGUAUAAAACGAAAGAGGAAGUAAUAUUUAACUAUACCGACGACCGUGAAGAUUACUAGAAAAUGGAGUCCACUGGCAGUACGUCUAUGCAGCGUGCUUUUUUACGACAUGUCUUUCGUACACGAUGUAUAAUGAAAGAGAAAAGUGACGAGAAAAGGGAUAUUGAAUCAGGAGUUCAUGACAUUGUCGAAGAAAUUCUACACGCAGUAGGUCAAACUAACCCCGAAUUUCAGUUUUCCAAAAUAUUACCAUCCGGCAGUUUUUAUGAAGGAACCAAGAUAGGCUGUUUGAACGAGUUUGACUACAUGGUAGUUUUAAAAACACUUUCUUCACCAGAUGCAGUAUUACUUCAUAAUGGAUGCAGUCAAUGGUAUAAAAAAGUUCAACUACAGUCUUCAAAUGAAAGUUUUCAAACGUAUUUGCUUCACUGUCAUACCACUAGUCAUUUAUAUACUAAUUAUUUUGGAAACCGUGAAUUAUUUGUUUUGGACUUUUGGAGGAAGAUAGCAGAGACCCUGAAGGCCAAGACAUACAUUGUAGAGAAACAGUCAGGAAAAAUAGCAGCAGAUUUAAACCCUUUGCAUCUAAAGCAAAAGUUGUAUUUCAACUACGAAAAAAACUUUUACAUCCCAGAGGUGGACCCAAAUUAUACAGUAAAAAACCCUCUUGUUCCUAUAGAAAACACAGUCAUUGGAGUUGAUUUAAUGAUGGCAAUAGAGCAUCCCAAUCCAGAUGAAGUUGUGUCUUGUUCUGAUUUUCCCUCUGAAUUUAAAGACUUGCUUUUUCAGCGUGGUUGUCAUAUUAUUACUAAAUCGUGCCAUAUCGAUCAUUUCCCUGCGCCAACAUGUAUGUUCAUAUCAUUUGCAGCCAUGGAACUUGAACUGAUGGUAAAAAUGGAUGAUCAUCAUAAGGAAACAUAUAAAAUUCUGAAAUCUCUUCUGAUAGGAGAAAAUGACUUAUCAAGAAAGUGCAUGAAUGUUUCUUCCUAUGUGCUAAAAACUGCUUUCCUGUUUCACGUUUACGGCAAAAACAAAUGCUUAGAUUCCAAACUCCAUGUCCCGUGUAUCCAUGAUGUUUUAGACUAUCUGUCCUCUUCACUAUAUAACAUGAAAAUGCCAACAUUUUUCGCCAGGUCCCAGAACACUUGGGGAUACAUCUUGGAAGUGCCGUGCUUUGCCUGGCCGGAAUUUAAAACGAGAUUCCCCACACAUGCUGAGCUUACUUUUACAUUUGCUCUAUGUUGGGUAAAACUGUGGCAUACUAUCAUUAAAUAUAUCAAGGCGACUAUCGUUGAGACGUCUAAUUUAGGUCAGGAUCAAUGGAUGGGAGUCAUUGAUAAAUGCGAAUACAUGAAAAGGACUACAUACUACAUACUUGAACGGUAUAAAUCUAGUGCUCUUCGGGAGGUUUUUCAGGGAACUCUCUCAAGUUCAGAUCUUGCUGAUAAAAAUCUAUCCCUAUGUUCCGAUGAAUUGUUCGUUGAAUACGUCGAAAAAAUGGAGGAAUAUCAUAAUAUUAAACUGAGAUUUUUGUUGUUUCAAAAACGAUGAGACACUAACAAUUAAAUUCCAUUGCAAUUUUGCAACAAGAUUUUGACCAACUUUCAAAAGUCCUGAUGAAAUCUUGAACCUGUACAUUAUAUAUCAGUAAUUUGCGCACAGAGAUACACUGGCAUGAAAGACCAUACAAGCGCAAGAUUACUUUCACACAAUUAUUGCUGUUUGACGAAAUGUGAUUUCUAAUAUUAAAAGCAUCAUUUUUGAAAUAAUUAAGAAAUAACUAUUGCUAUUGUCCUGUUGUUUUAUUUAGUAAAUUGGUUACUGGUAA